CGCUAAAGCUGCUGGUGAUGCAGCAGGUGUGCAAGCACUAAUUAAUAAAUUAAAAGUUGAUUUAGGUAUAUAUAAUUUAUAUAAGACUCCAUUGGCAAAUUUCAUUACUAAAGAUAAUUACUGUAAUGCGACUGUAAUUUCUGAACGUGUCAAAGUUUUUUACAAAUCAUUGUCCAAGACACAAUUAGAACAACAAAAAUAUAUUCUGCUUCUCUCUCAUAGAAAUAAAGGGGACGCUGAAGGUGCUCGAGCUGUAGUAGAAGGGGCAAAAACAUUUGUUGAAGAAGCUGUGAAAAAAGCUAAUGAUAUGACUGUUCAGGUUGCUGAAUCUCAAAUGACAACUCUUAAAACUGGUGAACUUGCGCAAAUAACAGAGACAAGUACAUAUGCUUACAGCGCAAUUGGUUACUCUGUCCUCGCCAUAUUAAUUAUAGUUUUGGUUAUGAUAAUUAUUUAUUUAAUUUUACGUUAUCGACGAAAAAAAAAAAUGAAUAAAAAAGACCAAUACACAAAAUUAUUAAAUCAAUAA